AGAGCUGACAGUCUAUGGCUAAAUGGGGGAGGAGGGACGCAAGUGCUUGGGGGACUAAGGUAUCCUCAGUGAUACCCAAUGCUACAAUUUACUGGGGGACGGCUCAGAUGCCUCCGAGUCGGUGGUGGUCAAGACACGACACUCAGCUCAGGCCACUCAGUCAAGAGGCUGAGCGAGCGCUCUGUCUGCCCGCUCCUGGCACCACUUGAGAUCCCAACAAGCCUCCUUCGCCGGAUUCCCCAGACAUCAACCACAGUAAAGUUCUGUUUGCCCAGGCUACCCUUGCUGUCUGCUGUGCCUCCUCUGCUCUGGGCUCUGCAAGUGCCCACUUGGGUCCAGAGAGGCGCUUGGGUCCCCAGAACUGCACCUUCACUACCCGCCUGGACGUCCCUACCCACCCCCAGAACCCUCCUGGAGGCGCCCUCCCCCGUUCUCCAUCCCCUCCCCCAAACUACAGCCAGAGCUCGCUCUUGCGCGCGCGCUCUCCUGGGCCCAAGUGAAUAGUCCUCGCUCGAGCGGGACACGGUGGUGGAUGCAAUUCCCCUCGCCUCCAGCCGCCAGGAGCUCCCCGGCGGCGCAGGCAGCAUCGUCCUCCGAAGCAGCUGCUCCUGCACCUGGGCAGCCUGGACCCUCGUGCCCUGCUCACGGGGCCUCGCGCGGGGGGCGCCCCGGGACUUCCCCUGCGGGCCGGGUGGAGGAGGAAGAAGAGGAGGAAGAGGAAGAGAGCUUGGACCAGGACCUCCACCCUACCAGAAACACCUGGCUGCGUUGCUGCCACUUCAUUUUAAGGGGGAGGCAAAGAGAGCCAGCAAGAGCCAUGGGGGGCUGCGAAGUCCGGGAAUUUCUUUUGCAAUUUGGUUUCUUCUUGCCCCUGCUGACAGCAUGGACCGGCGAUUGCAGUCACGUCUCCAACCAAGUUGUGUUGCUUGAUACAACUACAGUGAUGGGAGAGCUAGGAUGGAAAACAUAUCCAUUAAAUGGGUGGGAUGCCAUUACUGAAAUGGAUGAACACAACAGGCCCAUACAUACAUACCAGGUAUGCAAUGUCAUGGAACCAAACCAGAACAACUGGCUUCGUACUAACUGGAUCUCUCGUGAUGCUGCGCAGAAAAUAUAUGUGGAAAUGAAGUUCACACUGAGGGAUUGUAACAGCAUCCCAUGGGUCUUGGGAACUUGUAAAGAAACAUUUAAUCUGUAUUAUAUAGAAUCGGAUGAAUCCCAUGGGGCUAAAUUCAAACCAAGCCAGUAUAUAAAGAUCGACACGAUUGCUGCUGAUGAGAGUUUUACUCAGAUGGAUUUGGGUGAUCGCAUCCUUAAACUCAACACGGAAAUUCGUGAGGUGGGGCCUAUAGAAAGGAAAGGGUUUUACUUGGCUUUUCAAGACAUCGGAGCAUGUAUUGCCCUGGUCUCAGUCCGUGUUUUCUACAAAAAAUGCCCCUUCACUGUUCGGAACUUGGCCAUGUUUCCUGAUACCAUCCCAAGGGUUGACUCUUCCUCUUUGGUUGAAGUGCGGGGUUCAUGUGUGAAGAGUGCAGAAGAACGGGAUACUCCUAAACUCUACUGUGGAGCUGACGGUGACUGGCUGGUCCCUCUUGGAAGGUGUAUUUGCAGUACAGGGUAUGAAGAAAUCGAGGGCUCUUGCCAUGCUUGCAGACCAGGAUUCUAUAAAGCAUUUGCUGGGAACACAAAAUGUUCCAAAUGCCCUCCUCAUAGCUCAACCUACAUCGAAGCGACUUCGGUCUGCCGGUGUGAAAAGGGUUACUUCCGGGCAGAAAAAGACCCACCUUCCAUGGCAUGUACUAGACCACCUUCAGCUCCUAGAAAUGUGGCUUUUAACAUCAAUGAAACAGCCCUUAUUUUGGAAUGGAGCCCACCCAGUGACACAGGAGGGAGAAAAGAUCUCACAUACAGUGUAAUCUGUAAGAAAUGUGGCUUAGACACCAACCAAUGUGAGGACUGUGGUGGAGGACUCCGCUUCAUCCCGAGAGACACUGGACUGAUCAACAAUUCUGUGAUAGUACUUGACUUUGUGUCUCACGUCAAUUACACCUUUGAAAUAGAAGCCAUGAAUGGAGUUUCUGAAUUGAGCAUUUCUCCCAAGCCAUUCACAGCCAUUACGGUGACCACAGAUCAAGAUGCACCUUCUCUGAUAGGUAUGGUGAGAAAAGACUGGGCAUCCCAGAACAGCCUUGCCCUGUCAUGGCAAGCACCUGCUUUUUCCAAUGGAGCCAUUCUGGACUAUGAGAUCAAGUACUAUGAGAAGGAAGGUAAACAGAAGACACAGAUAAUUCCAGAAUGGAUUCCAGAAGAAAUGAAUGGAUCCAAAGAAGAGACACUGGAGCAUGAGCAGCUCACCUAUUCCUCCACGAGGUCCAAGGCCCCCAGUGUCAUCAUCACAGGCCUCAAGCCAGCAACCAAGUACAUAUUUCAUAUCCGAGUGAGGACUGCAACAGGAUACAGUGGCUACAGUCAGAAGUUUGAAUUUGAAACAGGAGAUGAAACUUCUGACAUGGCUGCAGAACAAGGGCAGAUCCUGGUGAUAGCCACAGCGGCCGUCGGAGGAUUCACUCUCCUCGUCAUCCUCACUCUGUUCUUUCUCAUCACUGGGAGGUGUCAAUGGUACAUAAAGGCCAAAAUGAAGUCAGAGGAGAAGAGAAGAACUCACUUACAGAAUGGCCACUUGCGCUUCCCAGGAGUUAAAACGUAUAUUGAUCCAGACACCUAUGAAGACCCAUCCCUAGCAGUCCACGAAUUUGCAAAAGAGAUUGAUCCUUCAAGAAUUCGUAUUGAGAGAGUUAUUGGAGCAGGUGAAUUCGGAGAAGUAUGCAGUGGCCGUUUGAAGACACCAGGGAAAAGGGAGAUCCCAGUUGCCAUUAAAACGUUGAAAGGUGGCCACAUGGACAGACAAAGAAGAGAUUUUCUAAGAGAAGCUAGCAUCAUGGGUCAGUUUGACCACCCAAACAUCAUUCGCCUGGAAGGUGUAGUCACCAAAAGAUCCUUCCCAGCGAUUGGGGUGGAAGCCUUCUGCCCCAGCUUCCUGAGGGCUGGAUUUUUAAAUAGCAUCCAAGCACCACAUCCAGUGACAGCCGGAGGAUCUCUGCCUGCCAGGAUUCCUGCUGGCCGACCAGUAAUGAUCGUGGUAGAGUACAUGGAGAAUGGAUCCCUAGACUCCUUUUUGCGGAAGCACGAUGGGCACUUCACUGUCAUCCAGUUGGUCGGCAUGCUGCGGGGCAUCGCGUCGGGCAUGAAGUAUCUUUCUGACAUGGGAUAUGUUCACCGAGACCUAGCAGCCAGGAACAUACUGGUCAACAGCAACUUAGUGUGCAAAGUGUCUGACUUCGGGCUCUCCCGAGUGCUGGAAGACGAUCCAGAAGCCGCUUAUACGACAACUGGUGGGAAAAUUCCCAUACGGUGGACAGCCCCGGAAGCUAUUGCCUACAGAAAAUUCUCCUCAGCCAGCGACGCCUGGAGCUACGGCAUUGUCAUGUGGGAGGUGAUGUCCUACGGAGAGAGACCGUACUGGGAAAUGUCCAACCAGGAUGUUAUUUUGUCCAUUGAAGAAGGUUACAGACUUCCAGCUCCAAUGGGCUGCCCACCGUCUCUGCACCAGCUGAUGCUCCACUGCUGGCAGAAGGAAAGAAACCACAGGCCGAAAUUUACUGACAUCGUCAGCUUCCUUGACAAACUGAUCCGCAAUCCCAGCGCCCUUCACACGCUGGUGGAGGACAUCCUUGUAAUGCCAGAAUCCCCUGGCGAUGUUCCCGAAUAUCCACUGUUUGUUACAGUUGGCGACUGGUUGGAUUCUAUAAAGAUGGGGCAAUACAAGAGCAACUUCAUGGCAGCGGGUUUUACGACGUUUGAUCUGAUUUCGAGAAUGAGCAUUGAUGACAUUAGACGAAUUGGAGUCAUACUCAUUGGACAUCAGAGACGAAUAGUCAGCAGCAUACAGACCUUACGUUUACAUAUGAUGCACAUACAGGAGAAAGGAUUUCAUGUAUGAAAGUACUAUAAACACCUGUAUUUUGUGCCUCAGCAUUUCUACAAAGAAAGAUAUAUCCUCUACGACUCAUUCUUCUGGUUCUCCAGGCAUCCCUUCACAACCCACAGUCUCCUGCUCAGACUAUGGCUGCACACUUUACGUUUAUGCUUCCAUCCUGGAUUUCAAUAUCAUGCUACACAGCUCCUCUCUGAAUAGCCUGCAAAUGAGACUCUGGCCCACUGCAGAUUAUCACUACAUAAUGAUAAAUAACUCAGCAUGAAUGUGUAAUUCUGUAUAGAAAUGUUUGGGAUGUGUUUAUGGACUUCACCUAAAGGAAAUUGUUCAGAUGUGGCAUCUUCAAAGAUGUACGUAGAGAUUGAUGAUAGAUAAGAAAGAAAUAGUUGACCAUUCUUCCAUGUUUUGUGAUCAUCAGGUAGCUUCCAACUUGACAUACUUCUUUUUCAAUAGUUUUACUCAACUCUACAGUUUGUACUGUUGUUUAAUUUUUAAUAACUCAACUGUUGGUGCCUGAUGUUGUUAUAAUGAUUUGCAGGAAUGAUUAAUGUAGUGCAUUCGUGUCAGGUGUGACUACAGUAUGAAGGGCAUUGUUGGGGAGGGAGAUGGACAAAAAUACUGUGCUUUUAAAUCUUCUAAGGCUGGGUCUAUAUUUUUAAAUUAACUUUAUAGGGUUCUACACAUUUCAUAGUAGGUGGUUGUUGAGAGGCUUUUCCCCCUCUAAUUUUUUACUAACUAUACAGUAUUUCUCUAGUAUGUUACAUGAAUCACCCUUGGAAAGACUAAGAGUGAGUCCAUUGCUCUAAUGGUUUUCAUAGACUGAUGCAUGGAGUAAACCUGUGGCUUGUGGCCUUGGAUUCAUCUUCACGAGUUUGAAAAACAAUUAUCAAAGCAUUGAGAAAGUGAAUUGUUCAUGUUAAGACUUCUUUGAAUAAAAGGUAAAAACAUACUAGCCAUAGAUUUAACGGGAAAUGAUUUACUUAAUUUAAGACAGCUUACAGUGGCCCAAGAUAAUAAAAACAUUUUGUUGAAUGAUAACUGGUGUAUUUUCCAACAUUAUCAAUUCCAAUAUUUUGUUCACAAAAAUAAGUUACAUGAACAUGCUGAACUGUUUUCAAAAUUUUCUAAGAAAUUAUUAUGGAUACUAUAAACAUGAUAUAAAUAGAUUUCACAUUUAAGCGUAUAUAUGCAUAAACAUAUAAUGUGUAAACCUUGGUCCAUCAUAGUAUAUAAAAAUAUGAACACAUCUGAGAUGUGUUGUUGUAAUCUUCUCUGAGGCUUGCAGCAAAAAACAAAAAUCAAAUAUAUUUUCCAGUGAACUUGUCAGCUUAUUAAAAUAGUGCUACUUUUUAAAUAAACUCAACUAUAAAAUCACCUGCUCUCCAUGAAACUACAAUAAUUGUCAAUGUGAUAAGUGAAGAACAAGCCAUGUAUUGAAGGAAGAAAAAUGCAGAGCAGGUUGUCUAAAGAUGUGGAUUUAAUGAACUAAUUUUUAUGUGAUGUCGGCAACAAAAGUAUCCCUCCCCACAUCCCCAAAUUACUUCCUAAACCACACUAAAGCUGUUUCCACUUAAAGAUCCUCACUUCUCCCUUUUGUCUUUGUUUGUAUGAUAUUUUUUUAUUGUUCCUUUAUACUGGAUCUUUUCACACAUUUUCUUUCACUGAGCCAUCUUCUUGGUUUUUUUCCCCUCCUGUUGCAGCCUAAUUUUUCUCAUUUCUAAAAAAGCAUGUAUAGAGAGAAAAGGAUGUCUUUAGAGUAUUCCUUAACUAUGUUGAAAAGGAAAAGGUGGAAAUUGCAUCACUUUUUAAAUAAGUGUGUCAGAAACAGCUAGCAACAUUUUCCAGCCACCUACAUGCAUGGCCAUAUGUCACUCAUAGACUCUGUGCAGUUUGCUUGAUACAUUUACACAAAUCUGGAUACAUUUAGGGGAAAUACAAACCUUCCAUAUUUAUCUGUCUUUAAAUAUCUACUAAAUGAUAACAGAUGUAAACAAAUGAUUAAAUUUAUUAAUCACAUAUAUUUAUUUUUAUAAUACAACAAAAAGGUAUUUAGAAAAAUAAGAAAUAGAAUAAUAUGGUCCAUCAUAGGACUACAUCAGUAGCAUCUGUAUGCCUUGAUGAAAUGAAUUCUAUAAUAGUAUUUAAAGUUCUGGGGAUUUACAUUCAGUGAUGGCAAGAUUAAAAAUCUGUUAAUAUUUUUAUUUUAAAAUUUUGAUGAUGCAAUUCUAUUUCUAGUUAAUUGUGUUUCUAUCUUAUGUCUUUACUGAUAUAUUAGAACACUCUUUCUACUCUCUCCCUCCAUAUCCUCUUCUGAGUUUUGUAAAAUUACAUUUGUAAUUUACCAAGCAAUGAGCAUGAUAAUGUUAAGUGCUAUUGUGAACUUCAUCAUGGACAGAACAAGAUAGAACUAUGUACAAAAUUAAACAGAAAUAUUAAAAUAUAAGAACAGCCAUUUCUUUGCUGCCUAAUGGCCAUGCACCCUAUGGUCCAAGAGGAAGUAAGAUCUGGGAAUAUUAAUGGUUAAAAUACCAAAUUCAGUUAAAAAUAUCAUAUGGCACAUUCUGAGAUUCACUGGUGCCUGUGUUUAAUAACUAUAUUUAUUUGACACAUACAAGUAUAAUUAUCCAAAAAUAAGCUAAUGACUUUCAUAAUUACAGUUAAGAAUAAUCUCUGAUAACUAAAAUGUGCAUAUACAUUAUGUACUUGCUUUUAAGAAAUCCUAAUCAAUUCUAAUGAGUGAAUUCUUGUAAUUUUGAAAAUCAGACCAUGUAAAUUUUUUAUUUGCUUGAUAGUCAACUUCUGGUCUAUUGCCAAAAAUGUAAAACAAAUGUACAAUCAAGAAGAAAGAUGGGGUAUUUAAAACAUUCAACUAAAAAGUAUAUGAAAUGAUGACAGUGUAACAGGAAGGAUUACAGAAAGUUUGCAGAGUUGCCCUAUAAUUGCUGAAAAAUGAGUUGUUCUUGCUAGAAUCACAGAUUUAUUAUACUAUGUAUCACUCCUUAAAAUCUACCCAGCUACAAACUGAAUAAGGCAGCCUUCCAACCACAGCUCUAAAUCCUGCUGUAGCCCAUAAUAGAAAAGAAAGACAAAUUUAAUCUGUAAAAGUAAAGUUUUUGUAAAGUUCUCUAUAGCAGUGAUGGUGAAGAGGAAAUUGCAUACCAUCCAACCUGCUUCCUAAAUGCUUUGAUAUCUUUCUCCAUUAAAUUUAUGCUCUGAGAGGAAGUCAGUUAAACUCUCAUCUCAACCUUUUUACCAGUAUUGUCUUCUUUUCUAUUUCUUUUUUACAUUUUUUCAGCCCUCUCUGUUUCUGCUUAAGUCCCUCAUCCUGUCUCUUCAUGUCUCAGGUUCUAUCAAUACACGCAUUAAAUCAGCAUGGUGAAGCACAGGCCUAGUAAAUCAUGCAAGGGGCUAGAUGGCAGGGAAGGCUGCAAAACAUUAGUUUUACUGUUAGUCGUAGCAUACAAACGGGAGCCCUUACGCCAGAGGAUGUGGCUUCUGACUUUGCUUAACAAAAUUAAGCACAAAAGAAAAAAAUUUCAAAAUGGAAAACAAUUCUUUUCUGCAGCUUCAGUUAACUAAGAAUAAAAUACUGAAUAAAAAGAAAUCAGUAUUUUAAGAAUCAAGGGGAUCUGUAUCUUUAUGCAAAAAAAGAGGUUUAAAGCUUAUGCAUUAUUUCUUAUAUUAUGAUCAUCUUAACUUUCACGACUUGAAUAUCAUGCAGAUGAAUAAACUCACAGACAUAAUUAAUCAAAACAUAUUUUGAUGCAUUUCUUUGAAAGAUUCAAAAUCAUAGAAGAGUAGACUGGGUACAACUGGGGAUGUUAUUUUUUCCCUUUAGGCGCUGAAAAGUCACAUAACAUUUCCAACAUCCUCUCUGAUUUUUAUAAUGUUAGAAAAGUAUAAAUUUAAUUUGCUAUAGUUGAACAAAUGGUUGAACAGAACAACAUGCCUCCCAAUACACAUAAUUUUUUUUUCCACAAAAGUGAAUUUAAGUACACUGACAUAUUAAAUUCUAAAUGUUGGAGCCACCUUGCAGUUUGCUAUGGUUACUCUGCCACAGGGCAUUAGAUCUUGUUGUAGAAUAAUUAUAAAAAAAAAAAAAGAAAAAUAGAAGCUAGUCAAGAGUGAAUUGCAUUUUUUAUGCUGAACCUCAGGAUCUCUUCUCAAAUACCCAUUACUCUUGUUUGGUACAGGGGGUCAUGCUUUUGGGUUCUCUAAGAUACUCUCAUCAGAAGUCAGUCCAUGUAAGAAGUCAUCCUUCACAUAGCUAUUAAAAACAUCCUUUUUUUUUUUUCAAACCAAAACCUAUUUUUUCUAGCAAAUGUAAUAAUAUGUUUCAAACUUGCAUAAAAUCUAUUCAAACAGGAUUCAUUAACCAAGGAAGAAAGUGAUUACCCAUGACUAGAUCAGAUAGAGUCAAAGGAAAGAAAAAUGAUAGAUUUUUUAAAAUUUUAUUAUUAUUAUUAUAAUUUAUUACAUUUUAUUCAAUUUGUAUCCUGGCUGUAGCCACCUCCCUCGUCUCCUCCCAAUCCCACUUCCCUCCCUCUUUUCCCCCUCUGCCCCUACCCUAGGACCAUGCAUGGAGAGAACCUAAAAUCCCUGCUCAGAUGUAGCCUGUAGGCUCAUUCUCCAAGUGGGUUUCCUAGUAAGAGGAGCAGGGACUGUCUCUGGCAUGAACUCAGUAGCUGGCUCUCUGCUCACCUCUUCCCCCUGGGGAAGAGCAGCCUUGCCAGGCCACAGAGGAAGCUUUGACUUUUAACAUUGGUUUUAAAAAUAACAGGAUAGCUUCAUUUCAAUAAUACUUUUAGGUCAGGCUUGUCUAAAUAAUUGAUGUUCAUCAGCUUAGAUUUUAUUUUUUAAAAAUUCCAUCUUUUUCUUAAUGUUCCAUUUAAAAGUCAAGAAUUAGAUGUUUUAAAUAUUUAUUAGAAAAACAGUAGGGUUUUUUUGUUUAGUUGGUAGAUUUUUCUCUUUUGAAAUCAUGGAAUGUAUCUAAAUGUUUAGCUUUUCAAGGUACUGCAUUUUAAAAUGAAGCAUGCAAGUUGAGAGAACUUGAAUUUCGAAGGGAUAGGACUUCUAACUAAACUUAAAUUUUUCAAAAAGAAUCUGACAACUACAGUGCUUAUGGAUCUCUCAUUGAUGUCAUCACUUCUACUUUAUUACAUUUAAUGCUUUCCCAAUUAAAGCAAUUUUUAAACAAAACAAAGUAAUACACUUGGUUAAAUUUCUAUACUCAGCCAUACUGCCACAUUUUCUUCAAAAUGGGAAUCUUUGAUUUGUUUCAUACUAAGAGAAAAUUUCAAAGGUUAUUUCUCCUACUCUUUUACAAUCUCUCUCUCUCUCUCUCUCUCUUUUUUUAAGAAUAGCAAAGACACUGAAGAAUAUUACCUGGCAAAACAGGAUACAGGCUGAGGCUUAAGUGAAAUACAGAGAAUUGUACAUACUGGGAAGGUGUUAUACCUUUGAACCACAACCCCAGAGCAAAUGGUUUCCAGUUUUGUAUUAGCAGAAAGGGACAGGUUAAAUAUACAUUUAUUGUACAAGUUGUAAAUUCAAAAAGUGUUAUUUCUAUUAAUGACAGUCUCUCGAGUAACAUAUCUGUCCUUAUCCAUGUUUCUACAUCAUUUUUAUCUCCUAGUGAUUUAUAAUUUGCCACAAUGGCAUUUUAGUUGAUGUGUUAUCAAAUCAAAUGGAAAAUCAGAACAAGUGAAAGUGGAUAGCAACAGUACUUCUGGAUCUCUAGUCAGCUGGCACCAGUAUCUCUCAUUAGUACUCACAGAAAGGAAGAUCCAUCUUUGUCUCCAUUCAGUACAUGAUUAUAAAGAGAACUCUGGGGGCAUAAGAACCAUUGUUUUCUAUAUAUUCCAUAUAUAAGUUCAGAUCUUAUGUGUAGUUAUAAUUGCUUUCAUGAGUUACACAAGUGCUUAUGUACUAAGUAAGCAAUGUUGCUAUGAGAUGUUGUUUCUGGUUUUGUGCUGGUGCUCAAGCCCAAGGUCUUCCCACAGAAGGCAGUUGCUCCUUGGAUCCCUCCCUAACCCCCACCAACCCUUGGUUAAAAUGAGCAUUUCAGCAGGUUUUUUCAUAUUUGUAGUUCCCACAUAAGACACUCUUCUGUUUUCUCUCUUCUAAAAAGAGCCAAUAUCACUUUAAGUGUUUGAAAUCAUAUCAUAACAUAUGGAGUGAAAAAAGCCAAUUCUUAAAAACAAACCACAAGUGUCAAGGUUUAUCUGAAAUGCUCUGGUGGUUCUGUAAUGUUAUGGCGCUUUGCUGUGUUGCAUUAUUUGUAGAAUUAGUUGUUUGUGCUCUAGACAAAACUUGUUAUAACGUUUUUCAUUUAAACAUACCUUCCUUCAAUCUAAAAAAAAGUGACACUAUUCAUUCUAUUACCUCAGUUUGACAGGGGCAGUGACAUUUGCUCUUUAUAAUCCUGAUAUAUGGAUAUUAUUAUCAAAGCCGUGAUGACAUUUUAACUGGGCAUGCUUUAUUUGUUGUCAUAUGUUUGUUUAUCUUUACUAAAUCUAUUUAAAAUAGGGUCUUUAGAAACUCUUAAGAAGAAGAAAUAAAAACAGUAGCCACUCACUUGCUAAGGAACUUGUAACUGAAUAAUCUAUUUUCCCAUCAAAAUGGUUGAUGUGAUCAUUGUUAAAAACAACUUGUUCUCAUAUCACUGGUAUAUUAUCUAAAAAUAUCAUUGCCAUAUACACACAAAGUAUCAUUAAGACAAUGCUAUUAUAGACAAUUAAUUAAUAAUGUGGAUUUAAAUUUUUCUGCACUAUAUGGAAAGCAUUCAAUGUAUAUAUUUUCUUUUUUAUUAUUUUUAUAUUACAGUUUAUUCACUUUGCAUUCCAGCUGUAGCUCCCUUCCAAUCCCACCUUCCCUCCCUUAUCUCCUCCUAUGCCCCUCUCCAAGUCCAUUGAUAAGGGAGUCCUCCUCCCCUUCCAUCUGACCCUAGCCUAUCAGGUCUCAUCAGGACUGGCUGCAUUGUCUUCCUCUGUGCACUGGUAAGGCUGCUCCCAUCAGUCGGAGGUGAUCAGUCGGAGCCAGCCACUUAGUUCAUGUCAGAGACAGUCCCUGUUCCCAUUACUAGGGAACCCACUUGUAGACUGAGUUGCCAUGGGCUACAUCUGUGCAGGGGUUCUAGGUUAUCUGCACACAUGGUCCUUGGUUGAAGUAUCAGUCUCAGAAAAGACCUCUGUGCCCAGAUUUUUUGGUUCUCUUGUUCUUCUUGUGGAGCUCCUGUACUCUACAGGUCUUUCUAUCUCUCCCUUCUUUCAUAAAAUUCCCUGCACUGUGCCCAAAGUUUGGCUAUGAUUCUCAGCAUCUGCUUUGAUACCCUGCUGGGUAGAGUCUUUCAGAGGCUCUCUGUGGUAGGGUAUUGUUUCCUGUUCCCUGUUUUCUCCUUCUUUCAACGUCCAUCCUGUUUGCCUUUCUGAGUGAGAAAGGGACCUCCUUCUUGCUUAGCUUCCUUAGGUGAACAGAUUUUAGUAUAUUUGUCCUAUAGUAUAUGUCUAAUAUCUACUUAAAAGUGAGUAUAUACCAUGUGUGUCUUUCUGCUUCUGGGAUACCUCACCCAGGAUGAUCUUUUCUAGUUCAUACCAUUUGCAUGCAGAUUUCAAUUGAAGUUUUAAUUUAAUGUCUUCUCACUUCUUGUGCUAUAUACAGUCCUUCAAAGAACUUUAUAUUAGCAUAUUGAUACUAUGCAAAAUUCUUAUUUUCUUUUUAUAAAAACACGGAGCUUCCAUUAAGUUUUAUAAAUUUUUUAAUUAGUCCAAGAGUAGAAAAAAAAAAAGGAAAUGAAACUUGAAAGGGGAGCAUUUGGGGUCAGAGUGGCACAACAUUACAGAGGUGGUAAAGAAAUGAAUAUGAGGAACAUUUGAUUUUAAAGAUCAUUGAAUGUGCUUCAUUUCCAAUACUGUAAUAAUAAUUUUGCUAAAAUAACUCCCCUUAGAUUGUGACAUUCAAAGCCUGUACAUAGAAUAUAGAUGGCUUGGAGGAUUUUUUUCUAUGAGCUUAGUUUUCAUUUUGUGUGCAAGGGAAAUAUCAACAGUUUAUGUUUUGUUUUAAAAGAGUAAUUUUUUAACUUAUUUUUACAGUUUAUUCAUUUUAUAUCCCAGUUGUAGCCCCUCCCUCAUCUCCUUCCUGUCCCACCUUUCCUCCAUCCUCCCCCCAUCCUCUUUCCCUAGUCCACUGAAAGGGGGAGUCCUCCUCCCCUGCCAUCUGAUCCUAGCUUAUAAAGUCUCAUCAGGACUGCAUGGAUCUUCUUCCUCUGUGGCCUGGCAUGGCUGCAUCACCAUAGGGAAGCGAUCAAAGAACAGGCAACCAAGUUCAUGACAGAGGCAGCCCAUGCUCCCCUUACUUGGGAAUCCACAUGGCCCCUGAGCUGCCUAUGGGCUACAUCUGAGCAAGGGGCUAGAUCCUUUCCAUGUAUGUUCUUUGGUUGGUGCAUCGUUCUCUGCAGGUUCCCUGGGCCCAGAUUUUUUGGCUUUGUUAGUCUCCUUGUGGAGCUCCUGUCCCUUAGGGUCCUUCUAUCCCCCACUCUUCCAUAAAACUCCCUGCACUCCGCCCAAAGUUUGGCUGUGAGUCUCAGCAUCUGCUUUGAUCUCGUUAGGUGGAACCUUUCAGAGGACUUCUAUGGUAGGCUCCCAUUCUGUUUCCUCUCUUCUACUGCUUCUGGUGUCUAUCCUGUUUGCCAUUCUGAAUGAGAUUUAAGCAUCUCCCUAGGGUCCUCCUUGUUUAGCUUCUUUAGGUCUGGAGAUUUUAAUAUGUUUAUCUUAUAUUAUAUGGCUAAUAUCUGCUUAUAAGUGAAUAUAUACCACAUGUGUCUUUCUGGUUCUAAAUUACCUCAGUCAGGAUGAUCUUUUCUAGUUCCAUCCAGCUGCCUGAAAAUUUCAUGAUUUCCUUGAUUUUAAUUGCUGAGUAGUAUUCCAUUGCCUAAAUGUGCCACAAUUUCUGUAUCCAUUCCUCCAUUGAGGGACAUUUAGGUUGUUUCCAGAUUCUGGUUAUUACAAAUAAAGCUGCUAUGAACAUAGCUGAGCAAAUAUCCUCAUUGAAUAGUGGAGUGUCUUUCAUGUAUAUGCCCAGGGUUGCUAUAGUGGGGUCUUGAGGUAGCACUAUUCCCAAUUUUCUGACAAUGUCCCAGAUUGAUUUCCAGAGUGGUUAUACAUGUUUGCACUCCCACCAGCAAUGGAGGAGGGUUGUCCUUUCUCCACAUCCUCUCCAGCAUGGGUUGUCUCUUGAGUUUUUGAUCUUAGCUAUUCUGAUGGUUGUAAGAUGGAAUCUCAGAGUCGUUUUGAUUUACAUUUCCCUGAUGACUAAGUAUGUUGAGCAUUUCUUUAAGCGUUUCUCAGCUAUUCAAUAUUCCUUUGUUGAGAAUUCUCUGUUUAGAUCUGUAUCCCAUUUUUAAAUUGAUUAUUUGGUUCGUUUGUGUCUAAUUUCUGGAGUUCUUUAUAUAUUCUGGAUAUUAGCCCUCUAUCAGAUGUGGAGUUGGUGAAGAUUUUUUUUUUUCCAGUCUGUGGUUGGGGGUUUGUUCUGCUAUCAGUGCUCUUUGCUUUACAGAAGCUUUUCAGUUUCAUGAGGUCCCAUUUAUUAAUUGUUGAUCUUACAGCCUGUGCUGUUGGAUCAGGAAGUUCAGGAAGUUGUCUCCUGUGCCAAUGAGUUUAAGGCUCUACGUAAAUGAUAAUUUUUAACUAGUAAUUCUUGCUAAAUUUCAUUAUACCUCUUGUAAUGACUUCAUAUUUGAAAGAUUACAAGCAUAGCAUUAACUAUAACAUUAACACCAAGGAUUACAGAUAAAAAGGUAAUAAAAAGAAUAAGAUGGUAAAGUGAUUACUUCCUUUAAAAACAAAACUAUUAGAAGAAAAUCAGUUAACAUUAUGUCAUGUUACUUUUACUAGUAAUUUUGAAACUUAAGUGUAUUUUGAGAAUGUGGAUAUAUGAUUUAAAUAAUUCUAUUCAUUUUUGUGAAAAUAUAUAUUGACAUUAAAUUAGAAAAAAUAAAAACUCAUGAAAACACCAAAAUGAAACAAUUAUGUUUCAAAAAUACAUUAGUAGGCUAUUGUCAUAUUUAAAUACUCUUAUAUUAAUGCUUUUGAUUUUUAAUAAAUGUUAUAAAAAUAUUUUUAAAAUACUAAUUCAUUAAAUGCGACUGUCAAUAUAUUUUAUACAUGUUAAUGAAUUACCCAAUUCAUGGAUUUUUUUUUUUUAGUUUUGACAUUAAAUUUAAAACACUGUCUAAAUGAUACCGAAGAACUGAUAUGAAAUGGGUUACAAUCAACAUACUUUACGAUAUUAUAUGUAUUUUCCACAACCUUGAAUGUUUUGAAACAGUAUCUUCACAUAAAUUUUAUGUGACACUUUGGAUUUUACUUGACAUUUUUGAACUUUAAAUGCUUAUAUUCUUUCUUUCCCCAACUGCUUUAAAGGCCACUGCUUGCAGUCUCAAUUUAAAGAUGUUUGUUUUGUUUCAUCCGUUUUUUAAAAUAGAGUCUCCCUAAUAGCCCAGGCUGGCCUCAAUAUCCUCCUUCCUCUGUCCAUGGGGGCUGAGAGUACAUCUUUGUGUAACUGGAUAGUGGUUGCACAUUUUAUAUUUCCAUUCAAUCACAUAAUGUUAAUAACUUUCCAAUUCUCAAAAUGUUGAAAACAAAUGUCAUUAUAGAUGCUAAAAUUUCUUUUUUUCACAUGAUUCUUCUUUUAUCUCACACUAGCCAGAUAUCCUAUAUGAUCAGCUAGAAAACACAACCCGUUUUACAUUCUCAAAAGAGAAAACAAAAAGAAAACCUAAAAAUCCUUAAUGAAUUUAGGUUAGUAAUGUGAAAUUUUUCUAGUUAUUUUUUACUUAUAUUUAAAUUUUCACUGAAUAGUAUCUUCAAACAAAAGCAAAUAGCUAUUCCAAUUUUAUAUGAUGUAUUUAUUUUCUUCUACAUUUCCAAAACCCUCUGAAAAAAAUGAAAAUAUUCUGUUUCCCUAUUUUACCUUUACCACUCUGCAUUAAAUAUAGAAGUAGCUAUAAUUUAAUGUAAACAAUCAUAAUUCUAUGAUUUCCCCAAAUUUUUUAAACCUAUUUAUACCAUGUAAUAUUUAAAACAUUAUCAAAAUAAAGAAAAUCAUGUCAUCUUAUUGACCCCAAACUAAAAAAUUCCUCAAAUUAAAAUAAGUAUAUGUGCUUACAUACUGAUUUAUUUUAAAGGUGUUUAUUAUAAAUACAGACAUCCAACAGAGGGUUAGUAAUGGCCAAGACAAGCAAUGUCCAAUCUCAUGAGAUUGACAUUUUAAAAGUAAAGACACACAAUAGUCAUGUGUUAUACCAAUAAUCAUGUUACACACAUGUUACAGCUACAAGCAUUUGUGACUUCACAGUAAGAGGUAAAAACAUCUGUACAGAUAUGAUAUUAAACUGAAAUCUGAAAAACUGAAAGGAACAUUUAAGAGAAGUGAGAACAAAGUUCCAAGUAAAGAGAGCAGUUAACAUUUGGCAAUUUAGAGUAUGUGAGAAUAUAGAGAAUGAUAUAGUUAUGAGGAAAAUAUGAAAGGGCAUGAAAAAGGUAGGUGUUGUCAGAGUAGACAAGCUGAAGAUAGAGAUAAGUGGAAGAGUUUUUGGAUGAUUAAAUGCCAGGUUUACUGGUGGAUUGGGAAUGAGAGGUGAAGAAGACAGAAAAAUCAAAACUAAAUUUACAUUUGGGGAGCCAGCAAUUGAUUUAAUGGCAGUGAAGUAGGAGCCCUGGAGGUGGGGGGGGGGAACAUUUGGUUUUGGCUACACAAUGCCAGAAGUAACUAUACUCAAAUGGAAGUAUAAUGUAGGCAGAUGUAGGCUGGGGAGAUAGCUCAGCAAAAGACUGCUUUACCUGCAAGCUUGAAGACAUGAGGUUAAGCCCAAUAACCCCCAAUUAAAAAAAAAACAAAAAAAAAAAACAAAGAAAGCUAGCAUCAUGGCAAUCCUGUAAUCCAUAUAGGUGGUAGGUGUAGACAAAAGGGUUUCUGGUCAGCCAGUUUAGCCUAAGUGGCCAAGUUCAGGGUGAACAUAAUGGUGGAUGGCAAAUGACUAAGUCCAUUCAAAUUUGUCAGCCGGCCUCUACAUGCAGAGGCACACACAGUUAAAAACAGUUGCAUCUGAGAUUUCAAAGGAACUAUUAAGGCUGAAGGUCAGGAAUUGAAGUUCAUUAGUCUAUAUUAUCAGUAUUUACAUUUUCAAUACCAAGAAUAAUCCUGUACAAUAGAAAAGUAGGAGUAGGAUUCAGCUCAAAAAGUUUCUAGUGUUUAAGGGUUAGGCAGAGAAUAAGAAGCUAAUAAAGUAAACCAAGAAGUACAAGGUAAGGUACAGAAAAGAGAAAUGCAGUUGAUAGGGAGUUUUAAAGUCAGGAGCAGGGCUAGAGGAAUGGCUUAACAGUGUAUACUGCUCUUGCAGAGGACCUGAGCUUGGUUCUAGUACUCACAUGCAAAAGCUCACAACAGCUGACUAUAACUGCAGCUCUAGGGAGAUCUGGUACCCUCUUCUGGCUCCUGGGACAUCCCCACAUGUGUCCAUACACAUAGUUACGUGCAUACAAAGUUAAGAAUAAUAAAAAUCAGACAGAAAGAAAGAAAGAAAGAAAGAAAGAAAGAAAGAAAGAAAGGAAGGAAGGAAGAAAGAAAAAAGAAAGGAAGGAAGAAAGAGAAGGAAGAAAGGAAGGAAGGAAGGAAGAAAAAAGAAAGAAAGAAAGAAAGAAAGAAAGAAAGAAAGAAAGAAAGAAAGAAGAAAGAAAGAAAGAAAAAGAGAAAGAGAAAGAAAUGGAGGAAGGGAGGAAAGAAAAAGGAAAGAAGGAAGGACUAUCACAAUAAAACAAUGGUCAUUGUAUAUGGCAACUUUAUCUAGAAUGUUCUCUUUGAAGUCCUUACUGAGGGCAGUCUCUAUGACACAGUAAAGUCAAAGCCUGCCACGAAUGGAUCCAGAAGGGAGACAGGAAAUGGAAUCACAAUCUGUAAACAAGUCUUCAAAAUAUUUGUUGUGACAUAAGCCAAGAGAAAUAGGACAGCACCAAAGGACCAGUGGAGUCAGGAGAGUUCUUGGUUUUGGGUUUUGUUUUGUUUAGAUGAAGGAUGUUAAAGCAUAUUUACAUACUAAUGAGAGUGAUUAGGCAGACCAGAAACUGAUUAUGCAGAAAAGUAGAUAAUCACAGAAAAAGACUGAAGAGGUAGGUUUGUUGAUAUUGAAGCAAAGUAGAAAUGUUACUUAAAAAAAAAAAAAAAAAAAAAAACAGAUACACAGAACUCCAGUGCAAGGGACAGGACUGUACAAUAUGCAGCUAAAUUGGUAGGUCUGUGGUAGAAAAGCAAAAUGUUACUAUGUGAGUAGUUUGAUUAGACCAAGAAAAGUCAAUGUUGGGGUUGCGGAAGGAAGUGUAGUUUUAAAGAGAAAUGUAUGUUAUUAAAGUAGGAAAGUGAAUAUAUAUAUGUAUACAAUUUAUACAUAUAUAUUUGCUUGGAUUUUAUGUAUAGUAAAUAGUAGGGAAAAUUUUUCAAAGGCAUCUUCAUCAAAUAUUUUAAAAUAUAUUAUUAGAAGACCCAACACUUUGUUUUAUAAGGACUCUAAUGAGUCUUCUCUGCCCAGAUAGUAGAGAUGGAGGACUUUCAAGCAUACUAGUAUUUCUUCUGUUUGCUUAUUUAUGUUUGCCUAUUGCAGAGUAAAUGGCAGAAACAUUUGGCAUAUAUUCUAUUUCAAAAGCUAUGAAAUUAAAAAUAGUUUAGUCUUGAAAGGCCUAUAGUGUUUAUUUAGCCUGACAAUAUUAUCAGAUACUAUUCGGGGGGGGGGAUUUUAAGCUCCCACCUAAAUUUUAAAAAGAAAUAAAAGCAGGUAUGCAGAUAUUAACUAUUUAGAAGAAUUUAUUUUGGAUUUGUUUCCACACAGAAAACACUAAAAUAUUUUGUCAUUUAGAAGUAGAUGGGCAAUACUAUGAGGUUGUUUUGUUCAUUGUCCCUCUUAACAGAAAGGAUUUUUUAAAAAAGUGCUUGGUGCUUCGUUUCUGGAAAAGCUGUCUGUCUGCAAUGUGUGGGAAUAUAAAGAUGAAUCUUUCUUCUCUGGGCUUUAUGUAAAAUUAGAUUGUGACUAAUGAGAUAAGAUUUUUCUCCAUAUUUUUUGCUGUUCUAGUAUAACAAAUACAAAUAUGUAAGUAUACAUGUAAAUGCCUAUUUGCUUAAACACUUUAGAUAUUUAAAUGGUCACUCCAAAUUUUAAAUGUUAGGCAUUUUCAAUGCACUUAAAAUAUUAAUUACAAAAGUCUUUGUGGCACAAAUCCUAACAAAUAAUACUAAAAUGUGUAUUUCUAUAAAAUACCUAGAUAACAUCUGUCUAGAAUGAGUUCUUUAAUCCCUCAGAGAGAUUAUCUUUUCCUUCCAUAAGUUAAAGACUUGUAAAGUCUUUUUUUUUUUUUUUUUUGUCAACUGAGUUGAAGUUAUUUCUCAUCAAAUGUUCAGCACUAGAGGCAUCUAUUCUUGCAAGAGGGCAUAAAUCUGUCUGUGACAACAAGAAGGGGUAGCACCACAUCAUGUUUUCUCAAUUUGGAAUCAUAUCGUUACUUAGGGCAUAUAGGUUUCCUCCCGGGCUGCUUUUACAGUCCAAGUUUUCUUUUGAGUUGUAAUUACAAUAUGGUAGAGACACAAAUGCAGCAAAAUGCGUUACCCGAAAUGCAAUCCCACCUACUACCUACUUGACUAUAGCAGUGAAGUAUUCCAGUUUCAUUGGAAGGUGGUACUAUUUUCAUCUUAUAAAAAUCUACUAUAAUAUUCCAUGUAAAUCUUCAUGUGCUGGCAUGCAUACAAGUUAAUAGUGUUAUAGAAUGUCCAGCUCUCAAUAUAAGAGAUUGUUUAUGGUGAAUUCUAUUAUAUAUGACAUCUAUUUGCUGGAAGGAUAUGAUGUUUAGCAAAACAAUCUGCUGAGCAACAUAGUAAGAUUUUUGUACAAAGUACAAAUUGCUAAUUAUUGUAUUUUAUUUUUCUAUGAUUUCCUAAAAGGCAUUAUCAGGGUCUUACAGAUGGAGAAAGCCUGUUUAUUAAAAUAUCUAUUACCAAAUAAAAGUUACAGUUUUGGUGGUUGAA